AAAUUUACCUCAGCCAACAGUUGGAUCUAAGAAGUUGUACGGUACGUUCGCGAACGCGUGAAUGAGAAAAACGAAUAAGUAUGAAAAGAUUGUGAGUGUGUGCAGUGAACAUUAUUACAAGAUGGAUUGUCUCGUGAAUAAGAAAAAUAUUUUGUUCGAAAAUAAAGUUUAACCGAAAACAGAUAGAACAGAAAAAGAUGAUAUUUUUCGAGAUUCGAAAAUAAUUUUACAUUGACCGUUCUGUGCAUUGAUUUAGUGUAGAAUCGCGAAACAGAUACAUUCACUUUGGAUUGAUUAUAUUCUUGCAUAUAUACUUUCGGAUAUUUUAAUUCUUUUCUGUGAUACUAAGGAUAAUAACCUCGACAUUAAGAUACAAUAUGGAAUUCAACGUAUUAGUUUACUCAGCUUUACACAUUUUCAUGCUGUCUGUGGCUACGCAUUCAGCUCAAUUACCAGCGACAGAAACUACAUCACAACCAACAAUAGUAGAACCAACCGUACGAAUACAAUGUCUGUCUGGAUCUAUGCUCAUCACAAUAAAAGAUCCUCCGCCUAGUCAAGAAAGUGGAUUAUUUAGCGGUAUGGUGUAUCCAAAGGGUUUGUCGAAAAAUUCGUCAUGUUUGACCGAAUACAGAAAUCAUGAAGGACCAUUACGGUACAAAAUUCCAUUAAGGAGCUGCAACACAAUGCCUCAAGAAACGGACGAUGGCGGUAUUGAAUUCUUCAAUACAAUCGUUCUUCAGCCACAUCUAAAACUGGUUACCGAUCUGGGACGUGGAUAUCAUAUUCGCUGUCGAUAUAAGAGCCGCGAAGUAGCUACCCCAAUCCGAUCGUCCAAGUGGCAACAAAAUCCAGAAGCAUUGACCAGCAACGAAACACCCGAUCGUCGUGAUCAUGGCAGAUCGUUGGGCAAUAAUGAAGUCGAAAUUGAAAAACCCAUGCCAGGAUGUCACAUGAAAAUUUAUUCUGGCAAUUCCGUUGCCGAGAAUGUUAAAAUUGGCGAUCCAUUGACUUUGAAGAUAAAUAUUGACAAACAAAGUGUUUAUGGCUUGCAUGUGACUGACUGUUUGGUUCGUGAUGGACUAGGUUGGGGCGAACAGAAAUUGGUUAAUGGCGAUGGAUGUCCAUUGGACGGCGAGAUAAUGGGACAGUUUGAGUACAGUGAUGACAGAAGUAAGGCAACCGUUUCUUUUCCUGCUCACAAAUUUCCAUACACAUCUUCUGUGUACUACCAAUGCAACGUUCGUUUGUGUGCUCUUCAAGAUCCCGAAUGUCAACAGGCACCAAAUUGCGCACAAAGUCGAUCUAAACGAGAUACCGAAGAAACAAACGACGAAGGCCAUCCAGCUACGAUUGAAGUGUACUCUGGUCUUUAUGUGAACGAAAAUGCAGAAGUGAUAGAUAACGACGAUUCGGUGUUUGCCGAAAAGUCUCCUGAUGAUGCUCUCUGCAUAUCACAACGGAGUUUCGCCAUUGCUAUAGCAAUAGCUGGUCUAAUUUUGAUGUUAGCUGUUGUGGCAGCCGUUCUCUGCAUAAUGGCUCGUCGACAUCACAAAACUGCAUCCAAUUCAGGAAGCUCUAUAUAUAGUGGUCCAUACACAAACACUGCAUUUUCGCAUAGCAGUUGAAUGGGAUGAAUGGGAUUUUCUUUUCUUUUUUGAAAAAUUUCCGGUGAUUUUUUGUUUUGCUCAAUCGUGGGAGUGAUUUAUAAAAUUUUGAAUUUUUACGAAACGAAAAAUGGUGCAAAUUAAAACAAAAAGUCGCGACGAUAAUGUAUAGCCGAUUGAAAGUGAAUGUGAAUGGGACGUUUUAAAAUAACAAAAAA